AUUGAAAAUGUUCGAGGAAUUGGAUGCAGAGGACGGCGGAGAAGAACAGGAAAUGCCAAUGAAUGAAUUCGGCGGCGGCGGUGAGGACAUUGACGAUAUUCUCGGCGAUGCUCCGGAUCUUCCAGACGACGAAUACUCGAAUAGUGUUCCACAAGGAGCCGCUGAUGGAUCCAUUGAAAACGACGAAAGACGAAUGAGAAAUGAUGGAGCCGGCUCAACGAACGAGGAUGACGAAGAGCCGAUCGAGCCAACUUAUCUGGGCGACGCAAUCGAUUCGCUUAUGAUGCAUUGGUGUCAGCUGCUGACGAAUGUAUCGGUUAAAGCGCCCGUUCCACCACCAUCAACACUUAAUCAUGUUAAGGAAGUCGCAGAAGUCUGCAGUAAACAUUUCCGCGAUGCCUCUGUCGAUGUGAAUAACGAGUUCACGCGUCUCGGUGUUCAAUGGGAAAUGGAACAACCAUAUUCACAAUAUGCGAUUGAAGAGGAGAACCUGGAUGAAGCUAUCGAACGGCAGGAGACUAUCAUCGCAGCCGCCAGAGAAAUGUUGAACUCUCGGAUUCAGAUCUACAAUGAGGCACAUCCAAAUGCUGGGAAACAUUUUACCACUUAAUUUAUUUUUUACCUUGCUAUUUUUGUAUAUUUUUGCUACUUUUUUCUCGAAUCUAAAUCUAAAUGUAUAACUCAACAAGUUUAUAACCAACAAUAUAAUAAUAUAACCGGAAAAUUAGCGAAU